CCGGAGCAUUUUGUGGGAGUGGAAUGGAAAAUGUGUCCUCCAACCAGAGCUGCUGCUUACAUACUCCAUGCAACUUUUCUUUUGCUUUUUUUUCCCUCUUCUCUCUCCCCCCCUCCUCUUCUCAGCAUGUAAUUUCACCACAAAAGAGCUUAGGUUCAAAUAAGGCUGUUAAGACGAGCCGGAGAAGAUGGAUUCUGGAAAUUAGAGAUGUGAGGCAGAGAAACUGACUUGCAACACUGCAGGUAACUGCUUAUCAGAGCUAGGACGUCUAACACCAGGACAGCAAUUAUCCACAGGAGGAACUUUAUUUUUACUUUGCAGUGUAUUAUGGAGGAUUACAUUUUAUUUUCUUUGGAGAAUUUUAAUGAAAUUUGAAUUGCGUCCUAAGAAGGAGAAAAAAAAUCCAAAAGAUAAAAGGAGAUGACGGCAUCCUACAGCUGACCUGCGUCUGAAGAAUCGGGAGCGUUGCAGUAAAAGGGGUGGGCUGGCAGGAGACUAUAGCAAGUGUCAAGCAAUCUGUCUCAUAGUUGUCGGAAAAAUGACAAUACGAAGACUCACUUUUCUGUUCCUGAUCGUAUGUCUGUGGCGAUCUGAUGGAAGCAACACGCAAGAAUUCCAGAACAGCGAAACAUCAGAACAGGAAUUCAUCUACAUGAACCGGGAGAAGCGAUCUGCCGAAUCGCAGGACAAAUGUACCUAUACCUUUAUUGUACCUCAACAAAAAGUGACUGGGGCUAUAUGUGUCAACUCAAAGGAGCAAGAAACGGUGUUUGAAAGCCGUGUCCAAAAGCAGGAGAUAGAGCUUUUGAACAGCGAGCUCCUCAAGCAGAAGCGUCAGAUCGAGAGCUUGCAGCAGCUAGUGGAGGUGGAUGGUGGGAUCGUCAAUGAGGUCAAGCUCUUGCGAAAGGAGAGUCGAAAUAUGAACUCUAGAGUGACGCAGCUGUACAUGCAGCUCCUCCAUGAAAUUAUACGGAAAAGAGACAAUGCACUGGAGCUCUCCCAGUUAGAAAACAAGGUUUUAAACCAAACGGCUGAAAUGUUGCAGCUCACCAACAAGUACAAGGACUUAGAGCAUAAAUAUCAUCAUCUGGCCUCACUGGCCAGCAAUCAGUCCAUUGUCAUUGCACAGCUGGAAGACCAAUGCCAAAAGCUUCCUCAAACAAAACCAGUAGCACAGCCCCCACCCCCACAACAGCCGAACAAGGUGUAUCAACCUCCCAACUAUAACAACCGCAUCAUCAACCAGAUAUCUACCAACGAGAUUCAAGGGGAUCAAAACUUAAAGGUUCUUCCACCUCCUCUGCCAACCAUGCCAGUCGUGACCAGCAGCCCAACAUCAACAGACAAGCCAUCAGGUCCAUGGAGAGACUGUCUCCAGGCAAGUGAAGAUGGGCACGAUACAAGUACCAUAUACUUGGUAAAGCCAGAAAACACAAACAGAUUGAUGCAGGUCUGGUGUGACCAGAGACAUGACCCCGGUGGCUGGACAGUCAUCCUAAGACGCCAGGAUGGGUCUGUUAACUUCUUCAGAAACUGGGAAACUUACAAACAAGGGUUCGGCAAUAUUGAUGGAGAAUAUUGGCUGGGUCUGGAAAACAUCUACUGGCUCACCAACCAAGCCAACUACAAACUGCUCGUUACCCUUGAGGAUUGGUCGGGGCGCAAAGUGUUCGCCGAAUACGCAAGCUUCCGACUUGAGCCGGAAAGUGAAUACUACAAGCUGAGGCUGGGGCGAUAUAACGGGAACGCUGGAGAUUCAUUUACUUGGCACAAUGGAAAACAGUUCACCACACUGGAUAGAGACCAUGAUGUAUACUCCGGUAACUGUGCCCAUUAUCAAAAGGGAGGGUGGUGGUAUAAUGCCUGUGCCCACUCAAAUCUCAAUGGAGUCUGGUACCGUGGAGGACACUACAGAAGCCGGUACCAAGAUGGGGUGUACUGGGCCGAAUUCCGAGGCGGGUCAUACUCUUUGAAGAAGGUAGUGAUGAUGAUCAGACCCAACCCCAAUACCUUCCACUGAAAAUGAACCCAAAGCAAACUGGAAAUUCCCCUUUCAAUGCUGAAAACAUAUCACCGGAGGCCCGCUGGCACUGGAAGAGAUGGAGGAAGGGCUCUUGUGUCAAAGGACAAAUACAUGUACAAUGACUGUCCACAAUUACUGUAAAAAGCUGUACAUUUCCUGACCGCUUGAGGUCCAUCAACCAUUCCUGCAAGGGUGCAUCUAUAUGUCUUACCAAGCACACGGGGAGAAACAAAAAAUUAUCUGUAAUCUAUAAUGUUUCUCAGUCCUUUGUGAUUAACAGUGUAACAGUCACGUUAACUACGUAUCAUGUCUAUAGGGCUUUGUUUAACAAAUUGUGCAGUACUAUGUACUGCAAUAGGACUUGCAAUAUUGUGUUGGACACAGGACACGAAAUCCAAUGAUCUUAGUAACAACAAUAGCAAGAUUUUAUUUUUGCA